CGGAUCUGCCCCUUGUGUAGCGGACUAGCGGGCUACUAUAGUCGUCUCUGAACUCUGAAGUCUGACCAACAAAUAACUUGCCUUAAAGUGAUUUACUUCGCAACUAUGCGUGCUCGCUGCUUUAGUUCCUGUCCCUUCAUCUUCGAUUCAAGUCAAUCGUUGAUCCGCUUCCGUUCAUCUUUCCGCCUUUCUCCCCCCUCUCCAUAUCUCUCGCUCUCCUCCUCCGCAUCCUUGUACCACCGCGCCAGUAGCUCGCCCGGUGGACUGUCCCUUCCAACCGGUCCGGCUACCCUAAAUCUCCGCGAACCAAGUCGCCGGCCAAUCGGAACUCACGGCCCCGUUCGAAAGCUGCUGCAAACUAGUACCAGAGCAUUACAUUUCGAUGCUUUUCAGGCCUUCCGCCCUCCGCCUCCCAAGAUUUGCGGAACUCCAGGCGGCCCUCCGGUGACGGCGCCACGGAUAAAGCUAAGGGAUGGACGGCAUUUGGCCUACAAGGAGCAUGGGCUUCACAAAGACGUUGCCAAGCAUAAGAUUGUAUUUGUUCAUGGCUUUACUUCCUGUAGGCUUGAUCCAAUGAUUGUCACCAACCUUACUCCGGAAGUGAUUGAAGAGUUGGGGGUUUAUGUUGUGACAUUUGACCGGCCCGGUUAUGGAGAAAGUGACCCGGAUCCGAAUCGAACACCGAAGAGUUUGGCUCUUGACAUAGAGGAGCUUGCUGAUGGUUUAGGGCUGGGUUCAAGAUUCUAUCUGAUGGGUAAAUCUAUGGGAGGCCAGGUUGUUUGGGGAUGCCUUAAGUACAUUCCUCAGAGGUUAGCUGGAGCGGCUUUGAUAGCUCCAGUUAUCAAUUACUGGUGGCCUGGUUUCCCUGCUGAACUAUGCAAAGAAGCCUACAACUUACAGCUACCACAAGAUCAAUGGGCAUUACGUGUUGCUCACCAUGCUCCUUGGCUGACCUACUGGUGGAACACUCAGAAACUGUUUCCUUCAUCAGGCGUCAUCUCCAGAAAGCGUGAAACUAUGUCUCGUCAGGAUAUAGAACUUGUAUCGAAGUAUGGCGGUGGGCAUGAUCUGAAGAAAGAGGCAACACAACAAGGAGAAUUCGAAUCUCUGCAUCGAGACAUGAUGAUUGGAUUUGGGAAAUGGGAGUUUGAUCCCAUGGAUCUCGAGAAUCCUUUCCCCAACAAUGAAGGUUCGGUCUACUUAUGGCAAGGUGAUGAUGAUAAGAAGGUUCCCGUGAUACUACAGCGGUAUAUUGCCCAGAAGCUUCCAUGGAUCCACUACCAUGAGUUACCAGGAGGAGGCCAUGUUCUGCAUUUUGUUCCAGGGUUGAUCGAAGGAGUUCUUAGGGCUCUGCUUCGUGGCGGGAAGUAGUAAGCUUUACUCCAUUUCUUCUCAGGACGUCGAAGAAUUAUCCUUCACCACUCUGUAAAGGCUUGAUUCACUAUGCCGAUUUGCAAGACCCAAUUCGGAUGAGAGUAUCAACAUCUGUUUUGCUGAGAAGGAUCACUGAGUUGGUAUUGUCUCGUUUCAUGCGGAUUAAGGUCGAUGUACAAGCAGAACCGGCAGAGAUCACUUGUUGGAAUAAUCUCUAGUUCUUGUGUUUGAUAGUUUGAUGCAAGAUUGUUCAGAAACGGUGAAAUUCAAAAUAGCUAAAUUAUGACGAAAGAUGGGAAUCUAAAUUGUUGUUGUGUAGUGUCAAAAUAGUCGAGGGGAAUUUACUUUGUAGUUAUUAAUACACUGACAUUUCUGGUUCAUUAAUUAGUAAAUAACAUUAAAAAAAAAAUGUAAGCUAUAAACGCACAAUGAGAACCAGUGAACCAGGUAACCAGAGAAACAGGUUGCCGGGAAAUGUUGAAUCGGCGAGAAGGCAUCGACUCGAGCAAGCACUGGAAAACUAUAAAAUUAAGUCCGUGUUCGAAGAUGGCCGAUCAUCGGUAACAUAAAUUUGAAUAAAAAUUUAUUUAUUAUUAACUAAAUUUUAUCAUCUCAUCAAUAUGCAAUACACAAAUGUUCUCUAACAUAAAUUGUCCUUUUACAUAACAGUGUAGUCAUGAGACGUUGUAAAGUUUAUGGAGGGAUAUUUAUUUGUAGGUAAAAUACACUUAUAUAGCCAAAAUUUUGACGUAUUUGUCAAUAAUAGUCAUUUUUGAAGAAAUACCAAAUAUAGCCAAUUCCGUCCAAUUCUUUAACGGUGUUAUCUAACGUGUUCACUGGACUGAUGUGGCAAUUUUUUUGUGAAAAAUCAUGAUAGGUGAAAAUGAUUAUUUUAUUAUUAUAAAUAAAUUAUAAAAAUAAAAAUAAAAUUCCUUUACCCCUUUUACUCUCUCUUCUCUCGACUUUUCCUUGUCCUUCAACCUUGCCACUCCGUUUUUUUUUUAAUGAAUAACCAUGUCCCUCCGUUUCCCUUGUCUCGCUCCUGAUAAAGAAAUCGGCGGCCGCUAGGGAGGAUUUUAGAUCGCGAUUCCGAUCAACCAAUUGAAGGCCCAACUGGGGGUUGAUCGAAGUCGCAACAGUAAAAUAGAGAAGAAGAAGUAGAAGGCGUCGCCACCGCCACCGCUGCUCCCAAACUGACGAACCUGAAACAACAGUCCUUCACCCAGACAGCUGAGUGCCAUCUUCGCCCAGAUCGGAAACCACUUAACCCGAAACUUCUUGUAGUCCUCGUUCAUGGUGGGUAGUUCUUCGCCAUUAUCGGCGACAGAUUCUGGAGAAAAAAACAAUCUUCCAUGCAACGGCGGAAGAAUAAACACAAUGACGAGUUGAUAUGCAAGGGUCAAGUUCCCAUCCCUCCCUACCCAAGAGAAUCGAGUUUUGGUAGCGGAAUCGGGUUUCUGUUAUGCGAAAUCGAGCUUCUUCUCGAUUAGUUUCUGUUAGGGCCGUCAAAGAUCGAGUUUCGGCGGUGGCGGGUGGUCGGAGAAGACGUUGCGAAGGUGACGGGUUAGGGAGUCGAGUUUUGGCGGCAUGGAAUCGGAGAGGAAGAUGGUUCUUGACUUGAGAUUCUUAGUUCUUGUCUCUGUUUGUGAUUUGCCAAUUGAGGAUGGAUAGAAAGGGUUCCCUUUCCCUGGCGAGAGGAAGAAGAUGAAAGGGGAUCACGUUUUUUUUUUUUUUUCAAUUCAAUUUUGUUAUUAAGAAAAAUAAAAAUUAUUC